AUGCCGAUUCCGAAACGAAAUACUAAUUCAAGCACAAUUUCUGGCUCCUCGUCGUCUACAAGAGUUGACGAACGAAUAAUAUUGAAUGUUGCAUAUCCAGACACAUUGCUCGGAACAAUGUUUCAAGAACGCAAUGCUGAACUUCUACAUCCAAGAAACGAAAACGAAUAUUUUAUCGACAGAAAUGGCCGCGCAUUCCAUUACAUCAUGGAAUACUAUCGUACCGGGAAAGUAGUAUGGGGUGGAAUAGGUAGUGACCGAAAAAUCACUCGUCGAGAGCUCGACGAAGAACUUGACUACUUUUUGAUUCCACCAUUGACACCCGCUAUCUCACUCGCGAUGGAUUUCGAAGCAUUCAUAAAAGCAAUGAUGCAAAUUUGUGUACGAGCAUUUCAUCUGGCCGGCGAGACUAGUAUCAAAGUCACCGCUACAGAUGGACAGUAUCUAAUCGUCCGAUAUUUGAAUCAGGGCACUAGCGUUCAUGUGACAGCUCCUAAGAUCGGAAAAACGAUUUUAAAGUUAUUCGGCAAAGAGAUUCAUCAACAUCUACAACGGUCGUGGCCUGUUUUAAGGUGGGAACCGCUUGAGAUUAAGCAAGCAUAUAUUGUUCAUCUAUGUCUGCGAAAAGACCAAAUUAUUUAUACGGAAGAUCGACCCAAGUGGCAUUAA